CUCCACACCUCUCUUUCCAUCUACCUUUCUUCCUUAGUCGUCUUAUUCUCUUUAAGCUAAAAACUCAUUAUUUUUCUCACUUUGAGUACUUCUUGUUUUCAUUUGAAAAAAUCCAAGAAAGUCACUUAUUUCUCUAGUUAUAGUUCAUUGAUUUGUGGGGUUGGUUCCAUUCUUGUGAAUAAAUUUUACAAUGGGAGAUGAGUCAACUGGAAGAGUUUCAAUUGAUGCUCAUGAACAAACAAGUAGUAACAAACUUCCAAAUUUUCUCCUAUCAGUUAAGCUCAAAUAUGUGAAACUUGGCUACCAUUAUUUGAUUAGCCAUGCUAUGUAUUUGUGCCUCGUUCCAAUUUUGUUUGCUGUACCUGUUCAUCUUUCUACAAUAACUGUGGAAGACGUGGUCCAAUUAUGGGACCAACUCAAAUUCAAUCUUGUCACAGUUAUUUUGUGCUCAGCCCUAAUGGUUUUCUUGGCUACACUUUAUUUUAUGACUAGGCCACGAAAAGUGUACCUAGUCGAUUUUUCGUGUUACAAGCCUAAACCUGAUGUUAUGUGUCCUAAGGAGUUAUUCAUGGAUAGGUCAAAACAAGCCGAGAUUUUCACUGAGGAGAAUUUGGCCUUCCAAAAGAAAAUACUGGAGAGGUCUGGUUUAGGUCAAAAGACGUAUUUUCCGGAGGCACUUUUGAGAUUGCCACCAAAUCCUAACAUGGCUGAGGCAAGAAAAGAAGCUGAGAUGGUUAUGUUUGGUGCAAUUGAUGAAUUAUUGGAGAAAACUGGUGUGAAGGCUAAGGAUAUUGGGAUUCUUGUGGUGAAUUGCAGUUUGUUUAAUCCAACUCCAUCACUUUCUGCCAUGAUUGUUAAUCACUAUAAGCUAAGAGGCAAUAUUAUGAGUUACAAUCUUGGUGGUAUGGGCUGUAGUGCUGGAUUAAUUUCAAUUGACCUUGCCAAGCAGAUGCUACAGGUGAACCCCAACUCUUAUGCACUAGUAGUCAGCAUGGAGAACAUAACACUCAAUUGGUAUUUUGGCAACAACAGAUCAAUGCUCGUCUCAAAUUGCAUCUUCCGAAUGGGAGGUGCUGCAAUUUUACUAUCGAAUAAAUCAUCCGAUCGUCGCCGUUCAAAGUACCAACUCGUCCACACAGUACGCACACACAAGGGUGCAGAUGACAAGAGCUACGGCUGUGUGUUCCAAGAAGAAGACGACAACAAAAAAGUCGGUGUUUCGUUGUCCAAAGACCUAAUGGCUGUAGCAGGGGAGGCCUUAAAAACCAACAUCACGACUCUCGGACCAAUAGUACUCCCAAUGUCCGAACAACUGCUAUUUUUCAUCACAUUAGUCGCGAGGAAAGUGUUCAAGAUGAAAAUUAAACCGUAUAUUCCUGAUUUUAAGUUGGCGUUCGAGCAUUUUUGCAUUCAUGCUGGUGGAAGGGCAGUGUUGGAUGAGUUAGAGAAGAAUCUUGAACUAAGUCAAUGGCAUAUGGAGCCGUCAAGAAUGACACUUUAUAGAUUUGGUAAUACUUCGAGUAGUUCAUUGUGGUAUGAAUUGGCAUAUACUGAAGCUAAAGGGAGGAUCAAGAAAGGAGAUAGGACAUGGCAAAUUGCAUUUGGUUCAGGAUUUAAGUGUAACAGUGCUGUGUGGCGUGCACUAAGGACUAUUAAUCCUUCUAAGGAAAAGAAUCCUUGGAUGGAUGAAAUUAAUGAAUUCCCAGUUCAAGUGCCUAGAAUUGUAACUAUUAAUGAUUCUUGAAGAAUUAAUUAUUUUCAACCCCAAAAAAGGGGAAGAAAUAAAUUAUGUGAUCAUUGUAAUAUUACCUUUGUUAUUAUUACUAGCUACUAGGUGGAUAUGUACUUUGGUUAUGAAAGCAAUACAAUUACUUCUAUUUU